CGGUACCCGGGGUGCAGGAAAGGGGCUCUACCCGGGGGCAUGGCCGGAGCUCCCACCCCUCCAGGCCCCCCCACCGCCCGUGCCGGGGGCCCUCCCUCGGCUCGCUCGCGCUCUCCCUCCCUCUUCUCCCCUCCUUCGCUCCCUCCCUCCGAGCCCAAUUGCUCAAGCCGCUUCCUUCCCCAACGCCAGCGCCAGUUCCUCUCUUGGUGGGGCCCGGGAAGGGCAGCAAACGCUAGACACUGGAACAGCCGCGGCGGCAGGACCAUGGCCGAGCCCCGAGGGGCCGCGAAGCCGGCACCCAAGGCCUCCUUCGCACCGACCGAGCUCAGCCUGCGGAGCGCCCCGCAGCCCCGCCCCUCGAGAGUGGACACCAUCAGCCUGGGCAGGUACCGGGGCAACGCCACCACCGCCUUCCACCGCUCGGUGAUGCCCUCGGGAACAGUCUCGGGGCGCCGGCGGGGAGCGCUGCGGGAGCUGUUGGGGCUGCAGGGGGCGGCUCCCGCCGGGUGGCUGUCGGAGGAGCGCCCCGAGGAGCAGUCCCCGGGCGGGCCGAACGCACCGAGCGGUAGCGGGCUAUGCCUGGAGCCCCGGGAGCACGCGUGGAUACUGGCGGCCGCUGAGGGCCGCUUUGAGGCGCUGCAGGAGCUGCUGGAGGUCGAGCCGGGGCUGCUCCUGCGGGGCGACCCGAUCACGGGCUACACGGUGCUGCACUGGCUGGCCAAGCACGGGCGCCACGAGGAACUCAUCCUGGUGCACGACUUCGCCCAGCGCAGGGGGCUGCGGCUCGACGUGAGCGCCCCGGGUAGCGGCGGCCUCACGCCCCUCCACCUGGCGGCCCUGCAGGGCCACGAUAUGGUCGUCAAGGUGCUGGUGGGCGCCUUGGGGGCAGACCCCACGCGCCGCGACCACAGCGGCCACCGGGCCUGUCACUACCUGCGGCCCGACGCGCCCUGGAGCCUGCGGGAGCUGUCGGGGGCCGAGGACUGGGAGACGGCGGGCAGCAGCGAGCGUAACAACGCCAACAACAACAGCAGCGGCGGCGGCGCCGCGUGUACGCCGAGACGCGCCUCCAGCGCAGUGGGCGCGUCGGUCGUGGAGACAGCGGCGGCGGCGCCCGCCAAGGGGAAGGACUCCGUGGGCAGACGGGUGGCGCAAAUUCAAGGCCUUCUCCGCCAUAUGUUCCCCUUCUUCCAGGACCGUUGAAGGAGACGGAGACUGGAGAGCGUGGAGGGACCAAGACGCUGCGGCGGGGCCGUGGUCCCGGGUGGUCCCUGGCGGUCCCUGGCGGUCCCGGGUGGUCCCGGGUGGUCCCUGGCGGUCCCGGGUCCCACC